GCGGGACAUCACUCACUAUAGAAUCACUAGUUGUCGUUGCGAGAAUCGUUGCGAAGCGUUUGCUGCGACUGCGUCUGAGAUAAAUUGCGAAUUUCCUGUAAUUCCCGCAACCCUACGCAAAAUAUUAACGUUUUAACUAGUAUUCACAUAGUUAUUAUAUAAAUGGCAGACAAGAAAGUGACGCCGCCGCUGGGCGCGUACCCACAGCCGCAGCCGCCGCAGGGGCCUUUCCUGCCGGCGCCGCCGCACCAAGCCGCGCCGCAGUAUGGAGUGGCGGGCGGGUCUCCGUACGGCGUGACGUUCGGGGGCGCGGGCGCGGGCGCGGGCGGAGUGUACGCGCCGCCGCCCUACGAGCAGCUGCAGCACCACCAGGCUAUACCGGCGCUGAGCCAGCAGCUGCCUAUGUACAGUCCAGCAGCAGCGAUGUACGCGGCGGCGGCCGGCUACCCGGGCUACAUCGGCUACCCCGUGCAGUACUACCCGUACUACCCCACCGCCGUGCAGCCCUCCAUACAGCCGCUGCGGCCCACUAUUAUGAUUCCUAACGGCUUCGAGGCGGGCGGUCGGUUCGAGGGCCUGGCGCAGACGCUGCUGCCGCCCGCGCCGCCCGGCGUGCCGCCCAGUCCCGCGCAUCUCGCCGCCAUACAGCCGCACCAAGUGCUUUGGCGCUAGACAAGGCAUCGAUCGCCACCGACGUCGGAGCCCCGCACUAAGUUUGAUGCCUUACCUUAGCGAGUGAACCAGUUUACUAUAACUAGCUCAUUCCCUAAGCUUACAGCUGAAGUUCAGGCGACUGAUACAGGUAACUUGUAGGUAAUAGCUGGGAAUAUAUAUGGGAUGGAUUGUGUCAAUGGGUCUAAGAAUAUUUUAAUGUUUCAAUAGUAAAUGUGAUUCUGUGACUUGUAAAAUUAUUAUUCAACAUUUUUGAAAUGUAAUAAGGCCCAAGUUCGUCGGCAAUAUAAACGUUAGUUUUCGUAAAACAACUAUUUAACUAUGUGUUUUCAAUUCAUCUCAAAGUAAACAGUUGUUUUUAAAAAAAAAUGGGUCUUAGACAGUUAAAUAGUAAAAAGUUAAUACCUUAGUGAUCAUUUCAAAAAAGCAAUGUAUAAAUCUUAUGAAUACAUUAAUAUAAUGUAAUUUCGUCGAAUCAGUCGCCUGUUUGAAAAGCUGUUUUCCAAAUUUUUGGAAAAAAACUACUGUUUGUAACAGUACUUUAUUUUUCCAAUACAAAAGUGUAUUUUAAAAUCUCACACUCACACAGACAUUUCAUAUAUUUGUAAAGACAUGCUAUCAUUGUGUUGUUACAUACAUAAGUAUAUGCAAUGUUUGUGUGCGUUGAAGACAAUAGUGGUAAGGAAAUAUACGAAAAUAAAUACUUGGACUGUUGAAAAGACCAAUCAUUCAUCAUAUUUGGGUAUUUAAAAAGCAUGAUUUUUCUCAAUUGACUUAAAAUACUGUAGCCACAUUUUUUGUUCCAUAUUUCUAAAAUGAAUUAUUAAUACUUUAAUUGUUAAAUACUCUGUUAUGUUUAAAUUAAUUCUCUACUCAGUGAUUUGAAACUUCGGUAAAUUCUGUCUGUAUAUUUCCUACCACAAUUGCCACAAAAUUAAUAUCAAUAUAUAGUACUAUAUAUCGGUAUAUAUUAUGAGUGCGAGUGAAGACGUCGGUAGUGUAACACGUUAUUCUGUCUGUGAUGUCACGGGCGAUACCCGCGUUAUCCACACACACUACACAACCUUAAAACAAUCAAUAUAAGGUCCAAAAUAAAAAAAAAUAUCAUCCAAAAAAACAAAUUGACGAACACCGAAAAAUGGACUCUAAAAUCAGUGAAAUAGAAUCCAAAAUAGUAUUAUUAUCAUCGUGAUUUAAAAGUAUUUUAUAAGUGCCAAGUCCAGUUAAAAAGAUCUGUCGAUAUUUUAAAUUUAGAAUUUUAUUUUAAUGCUCUCUAAUUUAGGUUUAGUUUUGAAAAUGCUGGCAUGGAAGUUUUUUUUUUAAUGGAGUUAGUUUCGUGGUCUCCGGCGCUAGAUGGCGCUGUAGUCGUGAUUUCGUCAGUAGUGUGUGUGUUACCGCGGGCGGCGCACGUGUAGCAGCCGCCGGCUGUCGCAACGCUAUAGUAUUAAAUCGCCGGGCAACUCCGGACACAUGAGUAAGACUAGUUUAGAUGCGUCGACGGCUUUCAAUAAUAAUAAUAUCAAAAAUUUGAGGAAAAUUGCCAUCAGAAAUGAUAUAUUUUGUCCAUAUUUUAAGUGUCAGUCGAAUAAAUUAAUGAAUUAUAUAUCAAUUUAAUAAAGUUUUUAAUAGUAAUCGAGUUAAAAAGUCAGUUUCCCCCUUCAGGGGUAACGCACAAAAUUAUAUAAUUAAACAAUAUGAGUCGUCGACGUAUUAGUUAUUAUAAAUAAAUAAAAAAUAUAAGCAAAGCGGUUGUGCGUGACGCGAGUGAGAUGUGUGAGCGGGACAGACAUACUUCUGUUAGUUACGUUGUGUUUAGGGCGUUGGAGGGUAGUAACGAAAUAUAUAUCAAAAAGUUACUAAAAUUAUUAUAGACUAGCGUAAGGAAAUAUAUAAUGUACUACAGAACUAGCCUUUGAAAUUUGCACAGGAUUGCCGAAUAUAUUUUCAAUGAAGCGACUGCCAUUUUUAUCAUGAUUUUGUUUUGUUAUUUAUUUUUGUUACAACUUAUCACAAAUCUUCGCUAAAUAUUGUCUCAAACAGAUGAAAUAUGGAAGUUUUUAAAUAUAUGUAUAUGAUUGUUACAAGCUUUUUCGGUUCCCUGCCCACGUCCCUGCGAACGCAGCGCAAUGAUAUUAUAUGUAUAUUUCAGCAUGAAAGGCAUUAUUGUAAGCCAAUCGCGUCUGAUUGGUCCGUCGACUGCCAGUUUUCAUACAUGGCAACACUCAACACGUGUUGCCAGCUCACAAAAGUCAUAAAAAAGAUAGUAUUUUUGAAAAUACUAAAUCAAAAUAUUCUUUAAAAUAUUUUUACUAUACAAUGCCAAAUAGUUACUGGCGACAUUGUGUUCAGUGUUGCUAUUUAUGAAAAAAAUAACCGUUAGUUGUAUUAUUCCAAUAUUUUAGAGGUUGCAUGCAUGUGAUUCUUAAGAAACGGGCUUUACAAGAAUCUCACUUAGUAUAGUCUAUGGAUUACCAGUUUAUAUAAUUUCGUACAAACUGGUACAUUUCUAUGGAUUUUAAUAUCACUUGGAGAAAGUGAGGAAUCUCUUACAAAUGUUAUUUUCUACAACUUUAAGUUGUUCUGUCAUAUAUUUGCUUUAAGUUACACAUUUAGACUGCUCACGAAUCUAUGAAAUCUUUCUCAAGUUAAAUAGAAGAUAUUACUAAAAUUUAUAUACAAUUCCAAACUUUUUUUCAUAAUGUAUUAGGCCAUUUUUAAAGUAGGUGCAUAUGUAAUGAACCAAAAUGGAAUAACUGCUCUUUAACCGUAUACAAAAAACGGUUCGGUAUGUUAUCAUGAAUUAAAUAUGUACCGAAACUAUUAUAUUCCGUUAGAAUAUAUCAUACAAAAAUAUACGAAAAUCUAACUUGACAGUCUUAACAUAGAAUUCAGUGAUUAUUUUCCCGAAAAUAAUGUUAUGAAGUUCAAAUGAUGAAUUUGAAAAGCAUUUUUAUGCGAUUUUAUUGCCAGUUAGAGUUUUCUUUAAGUCAUUUAUAUAAUUUUGAGUCUGACAACUUACUGCUUUUCCGAUAUGUUAAAAAAACUUGAUCCAAAACGGUUUCGUGUAAAAUAUAUAGAAACCAGUAGUGCAGCUGCGGCCGACAUGCCGUGAUUGCAUGAAUGUGCGGUUGGCACCAAAAACGUACCUUAACUUAUACCUAAAGCAAAAACAGAAUUGUCAAAUUUCACAGUUUAAAACUACCAAGUUGUUAGACCUUACUACUGAACACAGAAAUUCAUUUUUCGCCUUAUAAACUUAUUAUAAUUUACGUGAGAUUCCAGAGCCAAUAAGAUAUUUGUGUGAGGGCGAUCCGACCACACUCGUCCUACCGUAGUCUUGCCUUACCUUUAGAACAAGUUUGUCUGUAGAUUAUAAGACUUAAAGUCUGUACUGCAUAUCUUUUUUAGGCACUAAAAAUAACUAUAGACAAGAUUUAUUCCCAAUUUGGUCAAGGGCAGUGUUGGUCGCCUCGCCCCAAACAAAGUUUGCCCAGCAGUGGGCAAGUAAGAUCUUUUUGUACUAGUUUAUAUAUUGAACCUUUUUGAUUAUAUUGCAUUUUUUUUGUUGAUCAAAUCAUGUUGUUGUAAGAGUGAUUUGUGGGAGUCAUUUGUAUGUUAAACUAAUUUGUUAGUGAUUAUAUUCAAAACAAGAAAAAAAAUAUUUUGCGGUGUUUAUAGUAAAUAAGACUACAAGUUUAUCACAAAAUUGACAAAAGCAAUGAAAUUAUUUAUACAAAAAUCCGCCUUGAAACAGCAGUUUAUUUAUUAUAAAUGGUAUAAUCACUAACAUUUUAGCGAUGGAGGGUACCCACGAGGUAGAUAAUCCCAUAUAAGAGGGACCAGUGGAAAACGCACUAAGGACCGAUGACGUCACAGCCCCCGUCGGCAAUGGUGACGUCAGUCUUGUGCUUGACUGCCUGAUUGAUCGAAAUUUAAUUAUUUAGUUAUACAAAACCCAAUUUCAAAAAAGCAUAAAAUACCUGAAUAACAGCAAGAGAUAUCGUCUUUUCAUUUCGUGUGUGCAUUUUUUUUCUAUUAUUUUUUUUUACUAAAUAUACUGCGAAAUGUGUUGGCGGUAUUUCGUGUUGGUUCGAACUAAAGUUGAUUUAUUUUUGUUCGUUUUGUAGCAGUUUUUUUGUUUGUUAUGUUGAUGAUAAAACUGUUAUAUUACAAUAACUUUUGUGUCCAUAGCAUAUGUUUAAGAUGACAGUGUUAUUUCUAAAAAACAACUAUUUACGUUCAGAUUUGAAAAAAUAUAACUUUUUGAAAUGUUCAAAAUGUGAAAAGGUUGUCUUUUUUCAAAUAUCUGUAAUUUGUAUUAACGAGUCACUUAGAUAAAUGUUAUAUUUACUGUUUUAAGAACAACUCAACUUUAGUUAUUACGAUGCCACAAAACUAUAGUUCUUAUAACUUUUUGCUAGAAAAUUAUAUAUUUCAACUAAAGAUGAUUUGAAACAUUUUCUAUUUAAAAAAAUACAACUAAAAUGGAUUAUUUAUAUUCGUAAUUGAUUGAAAGUAUUGAUAAUUUUAAGUAACCAAAAGAAACUUGGCUAUUUUAAGAAAAUACAGAUUCAACUAACAAUGAAGUCUUUUCUAAUACAAUUUUCUUGUAAUGAGUUAUAAGUCGAUAAUAAUAUGAAACUUUGUAGUGAAUAUUGAUAGUCAUGCAGGCAUCUAUAUAGUCUUACUAAAAGUAAUAAUAGUUUAACUAAUAAAUUAUAUUCACCAUAAAGUUUCAUUAACUUUGUAUGCAGUUUUAACGUUAAAUUUUUUGUUCUAAACACUGCAUGCGUUUGCGACUUUGCGUUUAAAAGUCGCAGCGACUUGUCGGGUACAUAGUAAGUGAAAGUGGGUUUUGCUCAAAGUGUGGAUCUAGACUAGCGAGUCACGUGCAAUAUAUAGCAUAAUUAUUAUUUUGUUUCCAAUAAAACUAUUAAAAAUCGA